GGAUCGAUAUCAGCAGCAGCGUCAGCGCAAGAACCGGGACUGUCUGUCUCUCUGUGGAUCAGCAAGUCGGUGGGGUUUGCUCGUUGAACUGGGGUAGUGAGCUUGCUGCAGCUGAGGCGCCUAGAAAGCUUCACUAUCCUAAGGCCAUAAUGUAUGAUCGGGCUCCCCGGACUCUUGUACCCCCUGUGGGAAGCACUCAGGAAAGUGUUGGUCCUGGCUCUUAUAACCUCAUUUCUGACAAAUCACAUAAACCAGGAGGACAUGCUCCAUUUUUGUCAAUGGCAGCGCGAGAUACUUCAUUUGAUAUCCAUCAAACCGUCUGUGUUGCUCCUGGCCCGGGACAAUAUAAUAUUUCUGAAAUAAAGGAGAGGGUGAAAGGAGGACAGACUAUUCAGAACAAAGAAAAGCGCUUUAAUGAGUCUGCCUCUUCAGUGCCUGGACCUGGAGUAUAUGACAUGCACAUUGGCGUGUAUGGGCUGGAGAAGAAAGCCAGUUUAACACAGCAAAAAGUGAUUCAGAACCAUAUGAAAAAGCAGCACAAACAAUGUAUUCCCUCAAUUCCCAUACCCGGGCAAGCCUUUGGGUAUGAAGAGACUGCAGAUGGUUCUCUUGUUAAGCAACUUCCACCUGAAAAAGACAAUAGUUUGGGGCCUGCCUACUAUCGACCUACUCAUAAUGAGGCAUAUGCGACUUUAAAAUAUAAAGGUUCACACUUUGGAAACUACACUGGCAAAAGGCUGGAAUAUCAGUGGCCAGAAGUUCCUGGGCCUGGUGAAUAUGACAUAGAUCAGGAAAGUGCACUGCAUUAUGAGAAUGUCAACUCUAAAAAGGAAGACAAGAAGAAAUAUAUGCCAUUCAUUCCCCGGUAUCACGAAGUAAUCGCAUUACAGGAAGAAAAGAAGGGCGUCCCUGGACCUGGAAAUUAUGACAUUGUGCGACUUUUUGGAGAGAGACUGGCAAAAUCUGCCAUUGUUUUGCGGGCACCAUUUCUUUCACAAUCAAAAAGAUUUUUACCUGUAAAAUCAAUCACCCCAGCCCCAGGCACAUAUAAUGAACAGAGAACAGCAUUUGAGUCCUUGAAGAAAAUAUCAAGUUUGGCACAGACCCCAUUUGGCCAAACUGCAGCUCGAUUUGUUCAAGACUCAAGGCAUCAUAAAUCUCCAGGUCCUGGGUCUUAUAAUGUUUUAAGACAUAGUUUUGCAAGUGAAGCUCUAAGCAAAACUGAUUGGGAGAGCAACAUAAAAGGAGCAUUUGGCUCAUCUGCAGCUCGUGAGUUUCCCAGCUCAAAAAAGGAUGCUUCGUGGACACCAGGUCCAGCAGACUAUCACAUCAAAGAUAAAAUGGAAGAACCAUACAAGAGGCAAACAUCAUCUGUGUUUUCAUCAGGAACAGAACGAUUAACCCCACAGAUAAUUGGAAAGGAUGCACCACCCCCUGGGUACUACAAUGUCUGUGAAUCAUUUGAAGCAGCUCAUGCAAAAGGCAAAUACAGACCACCAAGAACAAGGCAGGCAAAAAGAAAACAUUCCUCCUUCUUAACUGCUACCCCUCGAACCUUUGUACUGCCAAGUGCUGUUGAGGUACCAGGACCAGGAUCUUAUGACCUUCAGAUAAAAAAUGGAUCUGCCAUGACUGUUUCAAGAGAAGAGCGCUUUAAGGAUCCAAAGGAAGUCACUCCUGGACCUGGUGCUUAUGAGCUGAGUCCAGUUUUUAAGGACACUGUACUGAAAGGGACAUUUAAUGCUACCCUACCCAACCCAUUAUUGAAAGAAAUGGAGAACACCAAUCUGAAGGAUCAAGCCAUAACACAGUCUUGUGUGUUGAGUGUCUGAAUGACUUAUAUCAUGAAAUACAGGUUAAUAGGCGUAAAAAUGAUUUAAAGGGAUUCACAAUGUUUUUCUAUAAUUAUCUGUGUAGAACAAACUUUUGGUGCAUAAAAAUAUUUUACAGGUG